CAAUACACUGAAUUCAAUACGAUUUACAGUUCUAUGUUACAUUGUAAUCCAGAUGAAUGUGCGAUAACUAAAAUCGCACGUAAACAAAUUACAUUUACAAAACUUAUUGGUAGCGGCGCAUUCGGAAUGGUGUUUCAAGGAAAGGUGAAAAACUUAGAAAGGUCGGGCACACAGAUAUCCGUUGCAAUAAAAACGCUUCGGAAAGAUGCUUCUUCCCAUGAGAAAAAGAAUUUGUUAAAGGAAGCCAGGCUUAUGAAUCAUUUUCGACACAAACAUGUAUUAAGAUUGUUAGCCGUUUGUUUAGAUGGGGAUUCUCCUUUACUAGUGUUGGAAUUGAUGGAAACUGGAUUUGCUCGCCAUGUGCGAAGAUGUUGCGCGAGGUUGUUGCUACUUGGAAAAGUUGCGUUUCGUACAUAGAGAUCUAGCGUGUUGCAAUUGUUUAGUAUCUUCGAGAAAUCGAGAGAAUCGUGUCAUAAAAAUUGGAGAUUUUGGAUUAGCUAGAGAUAUCUACAAGGAUAAUUAUUAUCGCAUGAAAGGAGAACAUUGGUUUCCUAUUCGCUGGAUGGCACCCGAAUCUUUGAUGAUUGAAAUAUUUACUUCUCAAAGCGAUGUUUGGUCAUUUGGGGUAUUAAUGUGGGAAAUUACAUCGUUGGAUGAGAAACCUUAUAUGGACAAGAAUGAUAAAGAAGUGAUAUAUCAUGUACGUGCUGGAGGCAGGUUGCCGAUUACUCUUAACUGUCCGUCAUCAUUGUACCAGUUGAUGCUACGUUGCUGGACUGCAGCGGAUGCUAGACCAAAUUUUAAAUUUUGUCUGGAAAAUAUUAUAGCAUUAAGAAAGAACAUGGAAGAUGCCUUACUGAGUCCAGUCGAUACUAUUUAGAAAUAAUUA